AAAACUGAACAAUGAUUGCUGUUCAUACAACACAAUUCUGCUUUCAGAAGCCGAAAUGAGGGGAAAGUCACGCUUUCAGUUCAUAAAAGUACUCAUGAUAUCGUUACCCCUUUGGACCGAUCAUGAAUUGAAAAGCAAUGAUCUGUGAAGGGCUACAGAUUCGUCGCCAAAAUGCCCGAGGCAUCGAAAAUUAGACCGUUGUAGUAAGGUCUGCAGAUUUUGUCUAGAAAAGUGGAGUGCACGUGUAUUUUUAUCCCUUAUCAGGAAAAGCAAUUAUCUUUCAAAGUUUUGACCUAUCGUUUCGUUUACGCGGUCACAAACAAAUGGCUGCUGCUGCUGACCCGCUGAACUGUCGUCUUCCCUGUUGUUCUGAGUGACAACGCAACUGGUUCUUGCGAAUGUCCUUCCAAUGUGAUGAGACAUGUCUCGACUAAAGGCUUAAUGUUCAGAAGCAUUGCGUUUGUUAGUCACUUAGAAAAUACCUUCUGGUCAAGGCAAAGAAAGAUUGGAAAAGGAAUCAAAACGACUCCACAAUAAAUGGAUGAGAAAGUUAUUUUUCAUCUAUCCUUAGCUCUGCUCUGUUUCUUAACUCUGUUACUGCCGCUUGUGUUGUUUCUGGUUGUCUGGCUGAGAAAAAUACAAAAGCGUGUGGACAGCGUAUCCAACGGGUGGAACGUUCUUUGCAAACUAGCACCAAGCGAGGAACCCUUAACACAACUGACAGAGUUUCAACACGAAACUCCAAACGCUGUCUCCAAUUCUAUAGUAAUAUUCAACCAACAAGCGGAAGGCUCCGACGAAAAUAACGCUUGGAAAGAUAUCCCCAGAGGUUUCGCUUAUGCACUUGUUUACGACGAUGAAGAUGGACCCCGUCCGGAUGAAGAACAAUCUGCCUGUCCAUCUCAAGGAGAUGUCAAAGAAACAGACGAAGAAUCAAAGAGCCAAGAGGAAAUAAUUCCAGAUGCAUCGAUCCCGGUGGCAUCAUAUCUACAAAUAGUGGAUGAUAACCCUGCAUUUGUGGGAGUCUCUUCAAGUGAACGCCCCGCGACGGACGCGCAGCAAGACAAAAGAAGAAUCUACGUAAGUGUUGGCAGUGCGGAUCACUUAAAUCCCUUUGCGGACCACGAUGAGAGACAAGUAGAUAAAAAUGCUGAAAUUGAGAUUGGUACACAGAAUGGAAACGACAUUCCGAAAAAUUCAGAGGCUACUGAAACGGGCAAACUUGAAUGUGUGGUUCUGAUUGAGAAUACGAAGCAAACAAAUGAAGCUUCAUCAGAACUAAGAAACGUAACGAGCCCCCAGGGUGAAGAUAUACAGAAAGAAAUCCGAACUCAAGGAGGACUGAAGGAAGACACAGAGAAGAGUAAUGAAAAGGUGCUAAAUAAAGAGGGUCCUACAGAUACAUCAGAAAAUUGCUGCAAAGCACCAACCAAGUCUCAAGAAGGUAUAGUCGUGGUGAGACCUCCAAAGAGCGAAAUUUCUGAGAAUGGUACAGCGAGUGAAACUUGGCCAAAGCCAAAACCACGCCUCUCGAAGAAAAUGUGCCGUGGAGUGAACGCCGAGGGAAAAGAGAAAACGUUUAAUCCUUCACCUCAUAUAAAAAAUCCCACUGAAGUUGAAUUCCACUUCAACGGACCUGGCCAGGAGGCAGACAGAAAGAACAUGCCUGCGGUUCUUGACGAGUGUGAUCUACAACAACUCACGCAACAACACACCGCAGCUCCCCCUAAGACAGGAGUUAAGUCCAAGAAGAAAACCAAUGAAGGAAACAAUGCCCAAGUUGCCAACGACGCGGGUUAUUCCGAUAAUAAAUCCGGUGCAAAUGAUGGGAGCAUUCCAAACUAUGAGUUGGUGGGUAUAGUGGAUUCAGACAAUGGGGGCAAGAAAAUGUCCCCAUCGGCCAACACCCAAGAGAUGACGCAAAACAAUGAAUCAACUGGUGUUAUUUCUCAACUACGAGGCCUCCUUAGGAACAGAACAAGCGAGACUCCAAACCGUGAUAAAAGAGCUAACACUGCUGUGAGACAUAGCUACCCUGCGGGUAAACAAGAGAAUAACAUUAAUGAAAACUAUAAAGGAAAGGGAAAAAAGGCUCAACGGAUGUCCUUUCCGCAUAAUUCGGAGGAUCCUAGCGGGCAUGAGCGAGGCGUCGUAAAGCAGGACAGAAUUGUGUUCAAUGUUGCUCAGGAAAAAACAGGUGCAUUAUCGAAGAGUAAUCAAAACUGCAACAAGCUAAGUCUUAAUGAAGAUGACACCUCUGAAUAUGAACUGGUAGUUACGUCAGUGAGCGUUGAAAAAGAGAAACCGAUCGAUAAAGAAAAUGGCCAGCUCCUCGACGAAUGUGCCUCCACCCAAGAAGUGAGAGAAAAAGAUGACUCGUCAGAUAUAAUUUCCCAACUUCGAAGCAUUCUUCACAAAGGAAACGGAGCCACUGCCGGUUGCCCUGAUCCGAAGCAAGAGAAGAAAGCCGGUGGGAAGAAUGAAGAACAUAAGCGCCAAGCGACAACAGCAAGUAAAAAUAAUGAGGAAGUUUACUCCAACCUCGAUGAAGAAGGCAACGAAAUUUACAGCGAAAUACCCUUUAGUGCGUCGGAUACGAAGGCAAGAACUACGAGCAAUGAUAACGAGGAAGUUCACAAUUUAUCGGAAAACGAACCAUUCUAUGUCAACCUACCGUUCCAACAAAGGUUGAUGAACUACAGCGGUGGCCCUGCCCUGAGACCUGAUGAGCAUGAACCUCCUAUCUACCUUAAUAGCGAUAUUAUUGAUAUCUAACGGGACGUACACAGGCAAUUACUUUCAACGCCUUCUUUAGUAACCUGUUGCAACAGGAAAGUCAAUAAAACCACGUCUCAUUGACUUGUCGUCAGUGGUCGUCGUUGAAAAUAAUUCUAGGGUUGGCCAUGUAACAGUUCGUGUAAUUUUGAAGAAUGAAUCAAGAAACAGGCAUUAUAAUUCGAGUUCCCGUAGACGUGUCGAUUGAUCGAAAGAACUGACGGACCGAGAUUCUAAUAUGAAAAAGCCAAAGAGAAUGAAAAUGUCCUCUUGCCUUCUACCUUUGACACUAAACACGUUUUCGCGGUCGUCGACCACGAUUAAUAGCUAAAUUAACUAAAUAAGUAAAUCUUAACUGUAUAACAAGGGGUCACUCGGACUGGAGUCAGACAAAGUUAAAUAGGUACACCGUACCUUAACUGUGAGUUUACUAUCUAUGGAAGCAUAAAACUUUUCCAAUGGAAUUUUACAGCACCCAAAUUUUAGCGUUCCUCUUCUUUAAAAUCGUUAUCCUGCGCAUUUUUUUGCAAUGUUAUUGACACGAAGGUCGAAUGAAUCAGCCAAGCAUACAAAACCUUUAAAACUUCUUUUCCGUAUAAAUUACUUAUCACGUGAAAAUAAAGACGUGUUGUGAUGUCUGACACAAUAGCAACAA